AUGGCACGGUUUUUGAGCGCCACCGUCCAAAGUUCUUUGAAACUUCCACUCUUCUUCGUGCUGUUUUUCUUUGCUGUUUUAACCAACGUCCAGUCCGCCUCAAACUCGGCGCCGGCCCCUGCCGCUGACUGCUCUAGUCUGGUAUUAAGCUUGGCAGAUUGCCUUUCAUUUGUUACCAGUGGAAGCACUGCCAAGAAGCCUGAAGGUUCCUGCUGUUCUGGGCUUAAGACCGUGCUGAAAACAGACGCUGAGUGUCUCUGUGAAGCUUUUAAGAAUAGCGCACAAUUGGGAGUCACGCUUAAUGUCACCAAGGCCUUGACUCUGCCUGCUGCCUGCCAUGUCUCUUCCCCCUCCGUUAGCAACUGUGGCCUGACGGCCGAUGGUGCUGCUCCAGCUCUUCCUCCUUCUGCAUUAUCACCUACUGCAAUUCCAGGUGCUCCAACUACAAGUAUAGUACCUAAUGAAGUUGUACCUGCACCUGCUCCAGGAAGCUCUGGUUCUUCUGCACUUACCGUCUCUGUGUGGUUUCUCGUUCUUUCCAUGGUAGCUGCCGUACCUUCAGCUUUAUUCUGA